UUUGAACAUCAGUUACGAUAUUCGAAUAAGGCUUUCUUCAUCACUGUCUAUUUUUCACCACAAAAACUAGUCAAAAUGCGUGAAAUUGUGCACCUUCAAGCAGGCCAGUGCGGUAAUCAGAUUGGUGCUAAGUUCUGGGAAGUCAUCUCAGACGAGCACGGCAUUGACCCCACCGGCACAUACCACGGAGACUCCGAUCUUCAGUUGGAGAGAAUCAACGUAUACUACAAUGAAGCCACAGGAGGCAAAUACGUUCCACGUGCCGUAUUGGUGGAUCUUGAGCCAGGAACCAUGGACUCCGUGAGGUCCGGACCUUUUGGACAAAUCUUCAGACCAGACAACUUUGUAUUUGGUCAGAGUGGUGCUGGGAACAACUGGGCUAAGGGACAUUACACAGAAGGUGCUGAACUUGUAGACUCUGUUCUCGACGUUGUGCGAAAAGAAGCUGAAAGUUGUGAUUGUCUUCAGGGAUUCCAACUUACACAUUCCCUCGGUGGUGGUACCGGAUCUGGUAUGGGCACACUACUUAUCAGCAAAAUCCGUGAGGAAUACCCAGACAGGAUCAUGAACACAUUCUCUGUUGUACCAUCACCAAAGGUAUCGGACACUGUUGUUGAGCCAUACAAUGCUACCCUCUCAGUACAUCAGUUGGUUGAAAACACUGAUGAAACCUACUGUAUUGACAAUGAAGCUCUUUAUGACAUCUGCUUCCGUACCCUGAAGCUCACCACCCCAACAUACGGAGAUCUUAACCAUCUCGUCUCUGCCACCAUGUCCGGAGUCACUACCUGUCUUCGAUUCCCUGGUCAGUUGAACGCCGAUUUGAGGAAGCUUGCCGUCAACAUGGUACCUUUCCCACGUCUCCACUUCUUCAUGCCCGGAUUCGCCCCACUCACCUCCCGAGGAAGCCAGCAGUACCGUGCUCUUACUGUCCCAGAACUCACCCAACAGAUGUUCGAUGCCAAGAACAUGAUGGCUGCUUGCGACCCACGUCACGGCCGUUACCUCACCGUUGCUGCCAUGUUCCGUGGCCGCAUGUCCAUGAAGGAGGUUGACGAACAGAUGUUGAACGUCCAGAACAAGAACAGCAGCUACUUCGUCGAAUGGAUCCCCAACAACGUCAAGACCGCUGUCUGUGACAUCCCACCACGUGGUCUGAAGAUGUCUGCCACAUUCAUUGGUAACAGUACCGCCAUCCAGGAGCUGUUCAAGCGUAUCUCUGAGCAGUUCACCGCUAUGUUCCGUCGUAAGGCUUUCUUGCAUUGGUACACUGGUGAGGGCAUGGACGAGAUGGAGUUUACUGAAGCCGAAUCCAACAUGAACGACUUGGUGUCUGAAUACCAACAGUACCAGGACGCCACCGCUGAGGAGGAGGGUGAAUUUGAUGAAGAGGAGGAAGAAGAAGCAGCUUAAGUUCAUAUCUAACUGGUCAAAAAAAUAUCCCCAUUCCUUAUCUUUUCUAAACAUAUCAGUUGGUCCAGUUUACUGGAAAAAUCUCAUGUAACUCAGUAAGUUGUAAGCAAUCUGUGGUUUCAGAUUCCCUUGCAUCAUUCCCAUAGGUUUAGUUCCUUGAAAUUAGAUUAGCCAGUCUCUAUUUCUGGCAGAAACUAUGUGAUAUUUCGACUUGAUCACAAAUACAUGUACCGUAUACCAUGAUAGCAUUUUCAAGGGAAAAAAUAAAGCAGAUAUUUUAGUAAAA